AUGCAAAUCAAAGCCGAAACUUGGGCUGCGCUUGGACCAGGGACGAUUGGCAGGCCUCAGACCCGAUUCAUGCUCGGCUUAGCCUCCAAACCCGAGGAACGGACAAGAGACACCGAUAACGAGAAAAAAAGGGAAAGCGAGGAGCCUUCCCCGGCAAAAUUUCCCCAACACCGCAACCAAGAGAAAACGAGAACUUAUUCUAGGUUCUUCUUGUCCCUCGGCCCGGUUCGCCACGGCUCUUCCUCCACCGCCGCCCUCGCCUACAAGGCCCUCCGCCGUCGAUCCGGACCUCUCCCCAUCGCGGAGACGCCCAAUUGGACCGCCCAGGCCGCCCGUCACAUCCUCAACUGUCUCGUAGCGAACGAGCCCGGUGUCCUGUCCCGCGUGUCCGGUAUCCUCGCCGCCCGAGGCUUCAACAUCGAUUCCCUCGUCGUCUGCAGCACCGAGGUCGAGGACCUUUCCCGCAUGACCAUUGUCCUCCAGGGCCACGAAGGUGUCAUUGAGCAGGCCAGGAGGCAGCUCGAGGACCUGGAGCUCCUCCUCGCCAAGGUCAACAUCCUUGGACCCGAGUACUUUGAGGAGCUUCUCGCUCACCACCGCGAGAUCUCCGCCAUCGAGCCCGCCUCCGACGAUGCCCACGUCUCCAUUGAGCAGAUGGCCAAGGACUUCCACCCCAGCCGGCUCGCCAUGAGCGAGGCUCUCCGCCACAAGCACGAACAUCUCAAGUCCAUUACGUACUUUGCUCACCAGUUUGGCGGCAAGGUCCUCGACAUCAGCACUAACAGCUGCAUCGUUGAAGUUUCCGCCAAGCCCAACCGUAUCGACUCCUUCUUGAAGCUGAUUACCCCCUUCGGUCUCCUCGAGUCGGCCCGCACCGGUCUCAUGGCCCUGCCCAGGUCGCCUCUCCUCGACCCUACCGAGGAUGCCGUGCACAAGGAGUUGGACGAGAUUGUCGAUGCUAGCCAGCUUCCCCUGGUUAAAUAUGUAGUUUUGUCAUAUUAG